AUGGAUGCAGGACUCAAGGUUUCCCAGCAGAACGUCAUCCAAAGCAUCACACUGCGUCCGCUGGCUCGCCUUCCUCCCAUAGUGCAUCCUGGUGCCGUGUGUUCCCCAGAUGCCAGCACCAUAACGUCAACCACUGCAUCAUCGACCGAAACCAGUAGAACAACUACGGUCAUGGUAACCACACCGGAUGAUUUCAAACGUGACCCGUGCAACCACUACACCGUUCUAGACGAGACCUGGAGGAGACCUGGCCAGAGUUAUUAUUAUUAUUACUAUUAUUACUAUUACCUUCAUGAUGACAGCCUUGUUCAGUGGGACGGCUGGUAUCGACUGUACCUACAGGGAGAGAGCGCUCAGAUGUCCGAGUGGUGCGUGAGCUCCAUGUCUUGUGGUGGCUACACCCCACUUUCACUGGGCGGCUCUCAUCCAGAGCUAGAGGAUGGGAUCGUCACUCGAGAGAUCUACGGCUCUAAUGGAAGCCAGUGCACCCACUAUACAUCCAAACCCAUCAAGGUCAAAGCCUGUCCAGGAGAUUACUACGUCUAUAAACUGGUCAGGCCGGACGUAUGGAUACCAAAACCUACCUACUGUGCAGGUAGCUGCUCUUCCAUGUACUACGAUCCAUGCGACAACUACACCUCUCUGGACCAACCAUGGAGAGCCACUAAUGCAUCUGGAUUGAACAUCUGUGAUUCCUACUUCGACUGGAACGGUUGGUACCGGCUCCUCUACCAUGGCAUGAACAUCCAGAUGCCGGAGAGCUGUGUGGACGUGAACAGAUGUGGUACCUACUACCCCCUGUGGCUCAACGGCCCCCAUCCUAAGACAGAGGACGGUGUGGUGACCCGGCAGGUCUGUGGAAAUGCUGGAAGCGACUGCUGCUACUACAAAUCCACCAUGAUCCAGGUUAAAGCGUGUCCAGGAAACUACUCCGUCUAUGAGUUUGUGCGUCCAGACUACUGCAACGUGGCUUACUGUGCAGAUGCCAACAGCACUGUGCCCUCAAACAGUGUUAAAGAAACCAACGUUAGCAUCACACCUACUGAUCAUUACCAUUCUGACCCCUGUUCCAACCACACCAUCCUUCAUGAUGACUGGAGAAGUGUACACGGUUCCUACAGUGAGCAUGACGAUACGAUUACUGACUGGGACGGCUGGUACCAGUUCUACCUUCAGGGCACGAGUGCUAAGAUGCCUGAUUGGUGCUCAAACAUCAGGUCGUGUGGUGGCUACACCUCACUCAUUCUCGGUGGCUCCCACCCGAAACCGAAGGAUGGUGUCGUCACUCGAGACAUCUACGCCCUCAAUGACGAUCAGUGUAGUUCACUCUCGGCGUCCACCCCGAUCCAGGUCAAAGCGUGUCCAGGAGAUUACUACGUGUACAGACUGGUUAAGCCUGACGUGUCCAUUCCAAUGCCGACAUAUUGUGCAGUACUUGAGCCCUGUGAUAAUUACAAUCUACUGGACCAAAACUGGAGAACAACGGACAACAUGGUCUCUUACAGCUACUACAGCUACGGGUGGUGGUCGCAUCCAACAACACAUUGUGACAGCUACACUAGUUGGAACGGCUGGUAUCGACUGACCUACCUUGAAUAUGACGCCAGGAUGCCAGAAUACUGUGUAAAUCAGGGAUCGUGUGGCACUGAGGUUCCUCUGUGGCUCAGUGGUUCUCACCCACGUCAGGAAGAGGGCGUCGUGACCCGGCGAGUGUGUGGGAACCAGCACUACCAGUGCUGUUAUUACUCCUAUAACAUCCAAGUGAAAGCUUGUCCAGGGAAUUAUUACGUGUACGAGUUUGUCAGACCCGUCACCUGUCCGUCAGCUUACUGUGCAGCAACAACACCACACACACUCGACCCCUGCAGAGACUACACAGCUCUUGAUGAUGACUGGAGGAGCAUGCAUUCCACUUACUCUGAUUACUCUGACCGCCACGAUGACCGCUUCACUCAGUGGGAUGGCUGGUAUCGGAUGUACCUGCAAGGGAAGGGUGCUCAGAUCCCCGAGUGGUGCGUGAGGGACGCUGCGUGUGGCGGUAACACCCCGCUUUGGCUCAACGGCUCUCAUCCACAGGUGGAAGACGGCGUGGUCACUCGAGAGGUAUUCGGCUCCGCAGGGGGGCAGUGCUUUGCCUACAGGUCCAAACCGGUCCAGAUCCAAGCCUGUAGAGGAGGUUACUACGUCUAUAAAUUCAGCAAGCCAGACGUAUCGAUCCCGGUACCUACGUACUGUGCAGUUACUGACAAUCCAUGUAACAGCUACACCUCUCUGGACCAACCAUGGAGAGCCAGUGACCAGCCUAAACUAGAUACUGGUGACCACUACUUCAACUGGAACGGCUGGUACCGCCUCCUCUACGACGGCAUGAGCAUCAGGAUGCCCGAGAGCUGUGUCGACGUGAACAGAUGUGGUACUCAUUACCCCCUGUGGCUCAAUGGCCCUCAUCCUCAGAUAAAAGAGGGCGUGGUCAGCAGGCAGGUGUGUGCAAAUGAUGGGAAUAACUGCUGUUUUAACGGAUAUACCACGAUCCAGGUCAAAGCGUGUCCAGGGAACUACUACGUCUACGAGUUCGUCAGCCCGGGCUACGAUCACAUGGCGUACUGUGCAGAUGGAAACACCACGACACCCAGAGAGCAAACAUCUGCAGAGACUGAAGGACCAACCAACAGCACUACAACAGCUGAUUCAGAUCAUUCAGACCCCUGUUCCAACUACACGCUUCUCAACGACGACUGGAGACGGCCCACCGACGGUUACUAUGGUUACUAUGGUUACUACAAGAGUCACGACGACACCCUUAUGAGAUGGGACGGCUGGUAUCGACUGUACCUACAGGGAGAGAGCGCUCAGAUAUCCGAGUGGUGCGUGAGCUCCAUGUCUUGUGGUGGCUACACCCCGCUUUCACUGGGCGGCUCUCAUCCAGAGCUAGAGGAUGGGGUCGUCACUCGAGAGAUCUACGGCUCUAAUGGAAGCCAGUGCACCCACUAUACAUCCAAACCCAUCAAGGUCAAAGCCUGUCCAGGAGAUUACUACGUCUACAAACUGGUCAGGCCGGACGUAUGGAUACCAAAACCUACCUACUGUGCAGUGACCGUCAAGCGUCCAGACUACGAUCCAUGCGACAACUACACCUCUCUGGACCAACCAUGGAGAGCCACUAAUGCAUCUGGAUGGAACAUCUGUGAUUCCUACUUCGACUGGAACGGUUGGUACCGGCUCCUCUACCAUGGCAUGAACAUCCAGAUGCCGGAGAGCUGUGUGGACGUGAACAGAUGUGGUACCUACUACCCCCUGUGGCUGAACGGCCCCCAUCCUCAGAUAGAGGACGGUGUGGUGACCCGGCAGGUCUGUGGAAAUGAUGGAUCAGACUGCUGCUACUACAAAUCCACCACGAUCCAGGUCAAAGCGUGUCCAGGAAACUACUCCGUCUAUGAGUUUGUGCGUCCAGACUACUGCAACAUGGCUUACUGUGCAGAUGCCAACACCACUGUGCCAGCGACACCCUCAAACAGUGAUGAAGAAACCAACAUGAGCAUCACAGCUGAUUCAGAACAUUCAGACCCCUGUUCCAACUACACGCUUCUUAAUGACGACUGGAGACGGCCCUCCGACGGUUACUACGGUUACUACAGUUACUACGGUUACUACAGUUACUACGGUUACUACAGCGGUCAUGACGACACCCUUAUGAGAUGGGACGGCUGGUAUCGACUGUACCUACAGGGAGAGAGCGCUCAGAUAUCCGAGUGGUGCGUGAGCUCCAUGUCUUGUGGUGGCUACACCCCACUUUCACUGGGUGGCUCUCAUCCAGAGCUAGAGGAUGGGAUCGUCACUCGAGAGAUCUACGGUUCUUCUGGAAGCCAGUGCACCCACUACACAUCCAAACCCAUUAAAGUCAAAGCCUGUCCAGGAGAUUACUACGUCUAUAAACUGGUCAGGCCGGACGUAUGGAUACCAAAACCCACCUACUGUGCAGUGACUGUCAAGCGUCCAGACUACGAUCCAUGUGACAACUACACCUCUCUGGACCAACCAUGGAGAGCCACUAAUGCAUCUGGAUUGAACAUCUGUGAUUACUACUUCGACUGGAACGGCUGGUACCGGCUCCUGUACCAUGGCAUGAACAUCCAGAUGCCCGAGAGCUGUGUGGACGUGAACAGAUGUGGUACCUACUACCCCCUGUGGCUGAACGGCCCACAUCCUCAGAUAGAGGAUGGUGUGGUGACCCGGCAGGUCUGUGGAAAUGCUGGAAGCGACUGCUGCUACUACAAAUCCACCAUGAUCCAGGUCAAAGCGUGUCCAGGAAACUACUCCGUCUAUGAGUUUGUGCGUCCGGACUACUGCAAUGUGGCUUACUGUGCAGAUGCCAACAGCACUGUGCCGGCGACACCCUCAAACAGUGAUGAAGAAAACAUUGUGAGCGUCGCACCUACUGACCAUUACCAUGCUGACCCCUGUUCCAACCACACCAUCCUUCAUGAUGACUGGAGAAGUGUAUACGGUUUCUACAGUGGGCAUGACGAUACGAUUACUGACUGGGACGGCUGGUACCGGUUCUACCUCCAGGGUAGGAGUGCUAAGAUGGCCGACUGGUGUGCAAACAUCAGGUCGUGUGGUGGCUACACCUCACUCAUUCUCGGUGGCGCCCACCCGAAACCGAAGGAUGGUGUCGUCACUCGAAACGUCUACGCCCUCUCUGACGAUCAGUGUAGUUCACUCUCGGUGACCGUCCCGAUCCAAGUCAAAGCGUGUCCAGGAGAUUACUACGUGUACAGACUGGUUAAGCCUGACGUGUCCAUUCCAAUGCCGACAUAUUGUGCAGUACUCGAACCCUGUAAUCAUUACAAAGUGCUGGAUGAAACCUGGAGAGCUACAAACAACAUGAUGUCUUACAGCUACCACGACUACUAUUCAUGGUGGUGGUGGGGUUCCCGCUGUGACAUGUACAACAGCUGGAGCGGUUGGUAUCGGCUUCUCUUUCAAGGGAACAACAUCCGUAUGCCAGAAUCAUGCGUUAAUCCACAGAUGUGUGGCACCAACAUUCCUCUCUGGCUUAACGGUUCUCAUCCACGAGAUGCAGAUGGCGUCGUCACCCGCCAGGUCUGUGGGAGCUCGGCUGCUAGCUGCUGCAGUUACGUCCAUCAGAUUCAAGUGAAAGCUUGUCCAGGGAAUUAUUAUGUGUACGAGUUUGUCAGCCCCCCCACCUGUCCGUCAGCUUACUGUGCAGUAACGCUGGACCCCUGUGAGGAGCUGAACUGCACUAGGGAUGAAUGGUGUGGGAAGAAAAAUGGCGUCUAUGGCUGCUUCUGUAAUAAGAAUUAUCCCAGAUCAAACCCAAGCACUUAUGAUGCUGUUGAGGUUUGUCAGGGCAGCUCUAGCACCGUGUCUCUGUCCCGCUGUCAGCUGUUUGAAGCUGGUUUUAUGGCUCAGAACCUGCACCUGAGUGACCCCAGCUGCAGAGGAGCGGUUCAGGACGGGAGACUGGUGUUCUAUUUUGAUCACGAUGCCAACAUUUGUGGUACAGAUUUCACGGCCAACGGCACUCAUUUCAUCUACAAGAACUACAUCCAGGGGGUCUCAACAGGAGGCUUCAUCGUCAGACCCCAACAACUCGAACUUCAUUUCUCCUGCAUCUACCAGCUCACUCAGACCCUCACUAUGGAGAAAGAGUUCAAUCCUCUUCAGAGCGUGGUGCACAAGUCCUUCGUGAGCGAAGAGGGCAUGUACCAGGUCAGGAUCAUUCCCUAUCAGGAUGCCACCUUCUCCCAACCCUACAACGGAAGUCUGGACAUAGAGGUGGACCAGCGGAUCUACAUCGGGGUCUUUGUUCAGGGGGUGGACAGCAGGCAGAUUGCCGCGGUGAUGGAUUCGUGUUGGGCCACACCGGUAAACGAUGGGAACUCUAGUAUCCGCUGGGAUCUCAUUGUAAACGAGUGUCCUAAUCCAGAGGAUGACUCGGUGGAAAUGAUUGAGAACGGUAACUCCACAACCGGACGUUUCUCCUUCAAGAUGUUCUCCUUUACAGGCAGUCACACCAAGGUCUUCCUCCACUGUCGCAUUCACCUUUGCAGCCGGCAGGGCAACAACUGUGCAGUGAACUGCGAACCUGACAAUCACCAAAGAGUUUUCAGGUCUGUAGACCUCCAUGACAGCACCUUGAUCUCCAUGGGACCUUUUAUCAGGACUGCCCAAAGUACAGGUGAAUAGACCUGCACUGUGGAUCUCCUGAUCUAUCGAAUCAUUCUUUGAAGACCUCGGCAAGAUUACGAGAUAUGAUCUUAUAUAACUAUAUUAAUUGUUGUAAAACUGUUUAAAGAUAAAGGUCUUACUCCUGUUUCUGCCUUUU